UGCAAAUGGCCGAUAAGAUAACACUGGCUGGGAGACGGAACAGGAGAGCGUUUACAGGCUUUUCGCUCUCUGUGUAGCUGUGAACGGGAGCCAACGUGCUAGUUCAGGCAGCUGGCCAGCAAGCUACUGCAGGCAGCCAAGAAGUGACCUGCCACCGGGAUCCUGUUCCUUGUUCCUGCAGGAGGAGUUUCAGUGAACCGACCGGACGAACCAAAACAGCCUUCAGCAUGGCAGCACCAGAUGGUAACCAAUGGUGGGAUCCAUAUGAAACAUCCCACAGACGAGAGUUCAUCCACCGGCCAAACUCAACUGCAGAUUUUCUGCUGUACCCAUCGAAAUCAUACAGAGACUCAUAUUCCCGGUCUCGAUGUGUGGGUUCAACUGUGUACAAUGAUGAUUUUUGCUGGAAGCCAGCCUGUAAACCUGAAUGCAUUCGCACAGAAGCAGCUUCAGGACAGAGCAGAAACAACCCACAUCCAAAUCAGUAUUUCAUGAUGUGGAGGCUGCCGAGGGGCACUAGACAAAUGUCUGCGGAUGUAGGAUUUCCUUGGAAUUGUCCACCAUCUGAGGAUGAGAUCCAUAAGGCCUUGACAGCUCAGUACUGCUCCACCUACAGGACUGACUUCACAGGCAUACCUCAAGGAUGUGAUGGCAUUAAUAAUGCAGAGAGGCGACUUGCCCCUCUGCACAGCAGGCGCCAAGUGCCCUUCUGCACUGACACAGAGAUGAGAGACAAUUACCGCCAGACGAAGCAAAGACCUGAACUGCGAGUCAGCAGCUGCAAUGCACAUAAGUUAUCCGGCCAGGGUAUAGUUCCAACUGUUGUUCAAAAUCACAUCCACACACAGGAGAAAGUGGCAGACUUGACAACUUAUGACAGGUUCUUUGGAAAGAGAGUCGCUGAUAUCACACCUGUGAUAAAGUCUGUGCAACCCCAGGAACUGCGGCAGUUAUACAAAAUUUUACCUCAGAACGAAAAGGAGGCUGUCGACACACUGCUGAGUAAAGGUGCUCAUCCAAAACAAGGGGAGAAAGUAAACAACCUUCCUGCUGUCUCGCUUACUUCCUACUCACCUGCGUGGAUAUCGAGUUGGCCCGGACCUCACUGAACAUUCCCCUUAGCAACAGAGAGGCACUGUGUUGGUUUGUGUUGUAUGCUGUAAGGUGUGUUGUCCCAUAAUUAAACUUCUCU